CACACACUCUCUCUGGUUCUUUUCUCAUUCAUUCUCUGAUUCCAAACCUAAACCAAACCAACUUCUCUCUCUUCUUCUCUCAGUAUCACUAAGCAUUGCGCUAGGCGGCUAGGGUUAGUUGCUUCCUUUUCACUCUCCCAAUCAAACAUCGAAUUUUCUUCUGUAACCUUAGGUUUCUGAGGAGAUUUUUCUUCCAUCUACCAAUUAAUCACUUGUUUUAUUCUUUUCUGUUUUUUCAUUACCUAUUUAUUUUUUACAUAGAAUAUAGGGAUUUUUAUUUUACUUUGUAUUUUUUUUUUCAAUGUUGGUGUCCUGGAUGGGUUUGCAAUGCAGUGAGUUCUGCCAUUGUUGCUUCAGUGGUGCUUUGAUUUUCCCAGGCGAUUUUUCACCUUCGAGUGCUCUCCAGAUCAUUAGGAAUCAGGGUUUUUUAUUCUGUAUUUUAAGUCGUACCUGGUGGUUGAUACUUCACUGUUCACGCACAUUAUAUAGCAGGAGACUUGUUCAAUCAAAUCCAUAAGAAUAAAACAAACUUGAAUAUUGGAGCCAGCUAUCUUGUGAAGAACUAGCACUAUAAGUGUCCAAACCAUUUUUAAGUAUUUUAAUACAAAUUAAUUUUAAUAUGGGUAAUAAAACUCUGCUCAAGUGGCCAAAGCAAAUCACAAAUUCCGUAGUUGUGCAGUUAAUUAAAGCAGAAAAGGACGCGCACAAAGCUUUUACUAUAUUCAAUUCUGCAACUGCUGAAUAUAGUAAUGGGUUUCGUCAUGAUCAUGAAACUUUUGGUCUCAUGAUCUCCAAGUUAGUGGCAGUGAAUCAGUUUAGGACAGCAGAAGGGAUGCUGGAGAGAAUGAAGCAAGAAGAUUGUAAGGUUACAGAGGACAUACUUUUAACUAUAUCUAGGGGUUUUGGACGUGUGCAUAGGCCACUUGAUGCCAUCAGGGUUUUCCACAAGAUGGAAGAUUUUCAGCUUAGACCCACUCAAAAGGCUUACCUUACAAUAGUAGAUAUUCUUGUGGAGGAAAACCAUGUAAAAAGGGCUAUUGGUUUUUAUAGGGAGAUGAGAGAACUAGGCUUUCCACCUACUGUUGUUUCCCUCAAUAUUUUGAUCAAGGCCCUCUGCAAAAACAAGGAGACUGUUGAUUCUGCCUUACUGAUAUUUCAGGAAAUGCCCAACCAUGGGUGCCAACCUGAUUCAUAUACAUACGGUACAUUGAUUAAUGGGAUGUGUAGACUUGGAAAUAUCAGUGAGGCAAAGGAACUAUUCAAAGAGAUGAAGCAAAAAGGUUUUUCAGCUUCUGUUGUUACUUAUACUAGUUUGAUACAUGGCUUGUGUCAGUCUAAUAAUUUAGAUGAAGCUAUUGGAUUGCUUGAAGAAAUGAAAAGAAAUGACAUUGAGCCAAAUGUUUUUACUUAUAGUUCUCUUAUAGAUGGUUUGUGCAAAGGUGGUCAUUCAUCACAAGCAAUGGGAUUAUUGGAAGUGAUGGUCAGAAAGAACCAUUUACCCAACAUGGUUACUUAUAGUUCUUUAAUCAGUGGACUGUGUAAAGAAGGAAAGCUUUGUGAAUCUGUGGAGAUUCUUGAUAGGAUGAGGAUUCAAGGCUUGAAACCAAGUGCAGGGUUGUAUGGAAAAGUCAUAAGUGGCCUCUGUGCUGCAGGAAGCUUUCAAGAAGCUGCAAACUUCAUUGAUGAGAUGGUGCUAGGUGGUAUUUCGCCAAAUCGAGCAAGUUGGAGCCUUCAUGUUAGGAUGCAUAACAUGGUAGUCAAGGGUCUUUGUAAUAAUGUUGAUCCACCUCGUGCAUUUCAGUUGUAUCUGAGUAUGCGAACUAGAGGCAUCUCUGUUGAAGUUGGCACUUUUGAUUGUCUAGUCAAAUGUUUUUGUAAGAGAGGAGACCUGCAUAAAGCUGCUCGGAUUCUUGAUGAGAUGGUGUUAGAUGGAUGCAUUCCAGAUGAACAAAUAUGGAAUGUUGUAAUUGGUGGACUUUGGGACCGAAAAAAAGUGAGAGAAGCCACUGAGCUGUUGCUGGUUGAGCUGAGGCAGAAGUUUGUUGAAGCUGAAAGUUGAAGUCUGUGUUUCUCACAUUAUCCAUAUGCAUUUCAUUCUUACUGAAAACCUUUGGUAUCUGGUGGUCUUUUUCUAAUGUUGAAGAUGUGCUGCCUUUUCAAUUCAUGAUCUCACCUCAUCUCAAAGGGUUGACAUUUUCUGAUGAUCAGUGUCUUUGUGAUCUGAUGGUUUGAGCUUCAAAUUGAGGAAGUAAAUGUGCGGUGUAGGAUUUAAAACUAAGCUAUCCUUGGGGCUGCGACUUAACAUUCCACACAACCCUGCUCUGUCUGAGUAAGGUAAAUUCAGGUAAAAAAAAUUGAAUAUAAACAGAAGACUAUUAAUUUGUUGGAAGGGGGAAGUCAGUUCCAUGUCUCUCUUUAGGAAGUGCAACGAAGAACAUGAUGCCCAAAACGUCAAUUCCCACUGGCAAUGCUGUGUGGAUUUUCUGUAUCUCAGCAGAGGAUGUGGAAAGAGGCAAUUCACUACAUUCUGAUCAAACAACACAAUUACUGCAACUACCAAAGUUGUCAUCACUGCAUGCAUGAAAUCUAUGAACUUUAGUCGAUAAUUUGCUCCGAGAUGGGGUGGAAGGGUGGUUGAUCCAUCAAUAACAGAUAUUCCCCUUGUUGUCUCUGAAGUCAUUAGUUAAAACAUAAUAAAAGCAUGAGGAACCACAUAGAGAUACAAGUGCAGCAGUCAUGGCCUUACCGACAGAGUCACAGUAGCCAGUAUUUCUGAAGAUUGGAGAGAGAAGUUGGAAAGCAAGGGUUGUUCCAAUUGGUAAAAGAUUGGCCAAAUGGACAUUGCUGGCAGUGUCACAGUCGCCAAUAUCUUUGAAGAGUGCAGAAAGAAGUCGGAAAGCUAGGACUGCGCCAGUUAGUAAAAGGUUGGCCAAAUGGGCAGUGCUCUGAAAUGUCUAACCAACGGCUUUCUAAUUUUUAUGGAUGAUCACUUUUUGCUGGCAGCUUCUAAUUUUUUGUUUUCUGGUGUUGCUGAUGUUCGCUUCAAGUUUCUUAGGUUGCCAAUAGAUGUCAACCGUAGGGGAUUUAAGACAUGGCAGCCAGUUGUAGACUCUUUGAAGAAGAUUCUAGCUUCUUGGAAAGGAAAAGGAUUCUUUCAGAGGAAGAAUUACUCUCCUAAGCUCUGUACUUUCAAGUUUGCCUCUUUAUUUUCUUAUCCUUCUACAAGUUGUCAAAGAGCAUUGCUAAAAUACUAGUGGGUUGAAGAAGAGAAAUCCUUUGGUGUGGGUUAGAUGAGAGAAAAAAAAAUUGCAUGGAUUAGUUGAGAUAAUAUAUUAGCGUGCUUGGUAAGUGGGUAUGUAUUAAGGAAAAACUUGUGUAAAUGGUGCGUGAGGUAAGUCCAAUUCAGUCUGUGGUUUUAAAAAAGAGCAUUAAGGUAAGUUAGAAAUGGGAAAUCAUCAAAAUUUUGGCAAGACAUGGAUAGGUCUAACUCCCUUUAAACAUUUUUUUCCAAGGUUUUAUCAAACAUCAGAAGACAAGCAAGCAUUUUUAUCUUUGAAAAGGGGGAUUGGAAAAGGGAACAAUGGUGUUGAAACUAGAAGUGGCGCAGGGAUAUGUUUUUUGGGAGGUAGAUCUCUUGGAUAUUUCAAAUCUCAUUUCUUACCGAACAAAGGAGCCUUCUGUAGAAUUUUUUUUUUCUGCAAUUUUGUGUAGAAACAUUUGGAUGAGUUGUGUCUCACGAGGUCAAAGUUUUCUCUUGGAGACUAUUCCUUUACGGGUUGCCCACUAAAGUUGCUCUUUUUAGAAGACAUUUUUUUUCUCAUGAUCGCUGACAAACCUUAUGCUGUUUUUGCUUUAGUCAUCCAGAAGAUUGCUAGCAUCUUAUGUUCUAUAGCUUCUCUACUUUGAUAUCAUAUGUAUGCUUGGACAUGUCUUCACACAAUUCUCUACCAGUGUUUGGUGAAACUCAUUUUCUUCUAAAAGGAAAAAGGGUUAAGAAGGCUCGGUACCUAGUGUGGCAUGCAUUGGUGUGGUCUAUUUGGUCACUCUGCACGACUUUGUUAUUUUUCAGCAAGCUUGAUCUUUAUUUGGUGGAUUUAUUAAGGUUCAUUCUUGGUCUUGGUUAAACUUUCUGGUCGGCAAAAAGCUAAUUUCUUUUUCAGAUUGGUACAUCAAUCCUAUAUCUUGUCUCUCCUGCUCAUCAUGACAUUUUCUUCUACAAUUGGUUGGUGUCAAACAUUGAACUUCCCGAUCAUAUGAAUCAAUGUCGCCGAAGAAACCUCUAGCCUAUUCACGUGCUAAAGGCUAUACACGAUAUAUUUUACUUCUCUAUGUCAGUAUAUUAUGGUAGACAUGCAGGGACAACCUUGAUUGCCCGUGGGUAAUAGCUAUCCUUUCUAGAUAUAGAAAGUUUUAUAUUUAUAU